AUGAGUGAAAUAUGUGGAACUGUUGCUGCAGAUGAGAAGUGCCACGAGACUGCAUAUACUAAAAUGGUUAAAAAAUUGUUUGAGAUUGACCCUGAUGGUACAAUCAUUGAUUUUGAAGACAUGAUGCACAAGAAGAUUACUAUGUCUGCCCAUUUGAUGUAUGAUGGGCAGGAUGAUAACUUGUUUGAUCACUUUUUCAGCUAUUGCACAACAACGAACUAUGUCGAUAUUAUGGAAUUCUUGGUGAAGAGAUGGAAUGUAGAGAAACUAGAAGGCCUUGUAGAUGAGGGAAAGAAGACAUGGAAUGGGGAGAAACUAGAAUGCCUUUCAGCUGAAGGAAGGAAAGCUCAAGAUAAUGUAUGCAAAUUGAGCUCAAGGAAGGGUAAAACAGGGCCAGAAAUGUGGUUUCAGCUGGAUAUUCAAGAGAGAAAUGGCCCUGAACUUGGAGGGUUUCGAUGA